GAAGCAGCUUUACAUCAGCUGACUUUCCUGCAUUGUCAUAGUGGAGCUGCCUUUAGCUUUUCACUUUUUUCUAUCUUUUAAAAUGUUACUGUAGAGUUGAGAAUGACAGAGAAUAAAAAUGAUUUAAAAAAUGAAAUACUGUGAGUGGUGUUGAAAUGUGGAGUAAUGAUUGUAAUCUCACGCCCCAUAGGUGCAGGCCGGCUUAACAGGUUGCUCUUGUAUCUGAUUAACAGUGUGGAUCAUUUCUAUAGUAGAAUCAGUUGGAUUAGUAAGAAAAAAACAAGCUGCCCUGCAACCAAACUAAUGUUGUCUUUAAACUGAAAGCUCAGUGUGUCUACAGCUCACAUCUAAUGAUCUCUCAGAGAUGUGUGUGUGUGCGUGUGUGUGCGCGUGUGUCAGACGCACGGUGGUUUGGUGGACUGGAUCAAGUUCCUAAACGACUUAGUAGUGAUCUCAGCAGGUGUUGAGUAUCUAACAGGUUGGUCCUGAAUGAGUGCAGAAGACUGUGGUUGGCUGUAGCAUCUGGUGGCGGGGUGAAGGCUCUGGUCUAACACAGACAGGUUGGGGAGGUUGAGGACAAACGGAAGAUGCACCAAGGUCGUCUACGGCUGAGACCCUGGUUGGAGGAGCAGAUAUACUCUGGAAAGUACCCAGGAGUUAUCUGGCUGGAUGAGACAGCAGGGAUAUUUCAGAUUCCAUGGAAACACGCAGCUCGACACGGUUGGAAUAUUGACAAGGACGCUACUCUGUUUCGAAACUGGGCGAUGCACACAGGCAGAUUCAAGCCUGGAAUUGACAAGCCUGAUCCCAAGACAUGGAAAGCCAACUUUCGGUGUGCUUUGAACUCCUUGCCAGAUGUAAAGGAACUUCAUGAUAAGAGCAUUAAAAAAGGAAACAAUGCCUUCCGAGUCUACAUGAUCCUACCGUCAACUAAAACUCCUAAACGCAGGAAAGUAGGGCUGAGGAAGUCUGAUCCUGAUAUUAAGUGUGAUGGAGGUGGACUGUUCUCCUACGGAGAAACCAGUCAGCCGGACACCUGUCCCUCACUGGAGAGGUUCACAGAGACCUUCUAUAAGUACACAGAGGGUGAGGAUGACUACGGUUCUGGAAUCUUCCACAGCAGAGAUCCUUGCAUCACCUCAAUCACCCUUAGCAACGACCCUCCUGAUCCCUUCAUCUCACAGCUGCCUCUCUAUCCCCAAACAAUUGGAAACACAGACCUUUCUAUGGGUGGCAGUGAACACACACAAGCUGUUCUGAAGAUAGUUGACCACCUGAAGACCAUAGAACAACCUUUUGAUAGCUGCAGAAGCUGGAGGCCUUCUACCAUGCCGUGGAGCUCAUACUAUAGUGUGUCUCCUGAUGCAGCUGAUGGACCAGACUACCCUGGAUAUCCAGUACAGACAGAUUCCCACACGUACAGUGGACAGUAGAAGCCACCAUGCCAAGACUACAAGCAGACCAAGCGGUCUGCUAAAUUUCAGCAGCUAAGAACGUUAGCUCAGACCAGACAUUGGGAUCUCCCAGGCCAGCAACAAACUUCUGUUAACCAACAGCAGGGUACAAAGUCUCAGAUCUGCUCCUGCAUGGAGUUACUGCCACUACAGACCUCCUAGAGCACAAAUCUCAGCCAACCUUGAUGACCGGACAACAUCGAAGAGGAAAUCAGAGUGAUAUUCGGAAAUAAUUUACAGGUUUUUUUU